UGGCGGGUGGAACAACACAAAGCUGUUUUGGCCAAUCACAAGCAAGCAAGCAAGCAACACCAUGCAGGCGAGAAUGCUUGUGCGCAGGGCACUUGCAGUUGUGGCAGCAUUGUGUCUGAGCUACAUCCCGCUGGCACACGCUGAUCACGAGACAUGGCCACUCGCGGGUGGCAUUGCCGUCGUUCGUGGAGACGAGAUGCUGAUGGCCAACGGGGAGAAGCGGUUGACGUUUGCAGUCACGUUUGAUGAGCCCUUUCCCAGUACGCCGUCCAUCGUCAUUGACCGCAUUGGCGUCAACGACAUUGAUGUUUCGCAGGAGCUGUUCCACACCACGCCCUUCAUCAGCGAGUCGCGCUUCCUUGCCGAGCUCAUUGCGCUGUCCCCGCUCAUGGGCUCCGUAAACGUGUCGUGGGUGGCCAGCUACCAAGGACCCUGCGAGAGCCACAUGCACUGUCCCACAACGCAGUACUGCGACCGCUACGGCGGCUGCGAUGAUUGCUCUGUCUGUGUUAAGCUGGGAGACACCUUCAACGCCGCACCUUGCCCGGACAAGUGUGAUCCGUACUUCCCCGACAUGCUACCGACUACCACCACAGCUACAGCUAGCACCAUCACCGGCGCCAGCAGUGGUGAUGGUACAUUCACGGCAUCGACAACUGCAGAAACAACAGCAACCACAACGACAACAACAACGACGACAACAACAACAACAACAAUGGUGGGAGUGCCAGAGCCGUGUGUGGUGUGCGACAUUGAGACCUACCCAUGUGGAGACGAGUGCCUGAUUGUGAGCGGUCUUGUGCUUCCCGAAUGCUUUCAAGAGCCCGGCUGCUCCGUCACGUACGGCCAGGGCAGCCUCAUCCACUUCAACACCACCGUCGAUGCCCUCACGCAAGCGCAGGCGCGCGGGCAGAAGGCUGACGGCGCCCUGCUGAAGCUGUCCACCAUCAACCCGCAUCUCGCCAACCCAGACCUGCGUGAAACCAUCGCCCGCGUUGAGUCCGUUGCCCUGUGCACGGACGUGGUGUGCGACCCUGCACCCCAGUGCUACGAUGAGGCCGUGUGCAGUGAUGGCACGUGUCUGACACCGCGCCCCAGCACCGCCGGCACCCCGUGUGAUGAUGGCAACAGCGCCACGGAUGAUGAUGCGUGCGACGGCAGCGGCAUGUGCGUUGGCAUCGACUACUGCGCUGGCGUGGUGUGCGACCCGCCAACACAGUGCCACGUGGAAGGCGUUUGCAGCCACGGCGUGUGCACGGACGUGUUCGCGCCAAACGGCACGGCGUGCGACGACGGGCUUGAGCACACGGACAACGACGCGUGCGACGGCAAUGGCGUCUGCUCGGGUGUCGACCUGUGUGAGGGCGUGGAGUGUGCGCCUGCAAGCGACUGCCACCUGCCUGGCACGUGCAGCCAUGGUGUGUGCUCCGAUGCGUACCAGCCCGAGGGGCACCCGUGCGACGAUGGCGACGCUGCCACAGAUGACGACGUCUGCACCGGCAACGGCACGUGCACUGGUAUUGACUACUGCAUUGGCGUGACGUGCGAGCCGCUGUCACAGUGCCACGUUGCCGGCACGUGCAGUCACGGCGAGUGCAGCACCCCAUAUGCUGCGAGCGGGACGCCCUGCGACGACGGCGACGCCACCACCGACGAUGACGUGUGCGACGGCAGCGGCGUUUGUGCUGGCAUCGACUACUGUGUUGGUGUCAUGUGCAUCCCGCCCUCACCGUGCCAGACCAACGGCACAUGCGCGCAUGGGGAGUGCUUCUUCGACAACCUCCCAGAUGGCACGCAGUGCAACGAUGGAGAUGCGAGCACGGACUUUGACGCGUGCCAGAGCGGCGCAUGUGUGGGUGUAGUGCAGCCAACAGUUGGGCCAACACAGGGCAUGGGCUUUGUCACCGUGGCCGCUGUCCAGGUAGAGAUGACAACCCCGACCAACACCAACAGCACGGCACCUGCGAUGCCUGUUGACGAUGCUGCUGCUGCCUCUGCUGCAGUUGUGUCGAUUGCCGCGCUUGUGCCGGGCGUGUAUGAGGAUGAUGUUCGUGUUGACGUGACAGCUUCCGAUGCCAGCAUGGGCGGCGGUAGCGGUGUCAGCACUGGCGAUGCGUGGACGGCCAUGUGGACGAUUGAGGUCAACACGCGGGUGUUUGCGGAGGACUAUGUGGUGGGCAAGGUGGGAGAGGUGCUCAACUCAACGCAGCUGCUGCAGUCGCUCGCACCCGCUGGUGUCGUUGCGAUCACCCUCAUCGACACCCCAUACGCAGAGCUGCGGUGCCUGUCUGCGGUGUCGUGCCCUGCGCUGUCGUGCGCGAGCGACGAGAUGGAGUACCAGUCGCAGUACCCGUCGGUGCGCAAGUGCUGCCCGCGCUGCCUCAAGCGGUCCGCAUAUUUGAGCACGGAGACGGCGGCGUACCAGCUGGCACUGCAGCACUACGCAGAGGCGCAGCAGCAGCAGGACGAGGACUACGCAACCAUCGACCUUGUUGCGUACGAGGAAGCGCGUGACACGUGGCAGGCGGACUUGACGUCCUACCUGCAGGCGGCAAGUCUGUGGGAUGCGCAGUGGGAGGACUUUUCGCAGGCGGAGCAGCUCUACUACGACCUCGUCUGCCCGCCGUGAACAUGAGAGACAGCGAAGAUCGUGCGUGUGAGUGAGUGCGUGUGUGUGCGUUUGUGCGCGUGUGUGUGUGUGCGUGUGUGCAUGUGUGUGUGUGUGCAUGUGGGCAUGUGUUCUGGAAUGAGUGAUUGGGUGAGGGAGUGAGUGAGUGAGCGUGUGAAGUGUGUGUGUGAACUUAAAUGCGCGCGAAACAAUAUGUGUGUCUGUGUCUGUGUGUGCGUUCUCUCUUCCUCCGAAGAGACGUUGAUUGCUUGUCGCUUGUCGCUGAAUACAGAGUUGUGUUGCUGCA